AUGAUCAAAAUAACAGAUUUUGCUGAUCUUCAAACUAAGCAGUUUUCACAGUCAAUUGCGUGCGACAAGGAUAUUGCAGGAACUUCACCCUACGGUGUAUUCCCAAAUCAACCACAGCUUUAUGCAGCACAAGGACCACCACCUCCGACAUAUGAUCAAACGUUGACACAUCCAAUGAUGUAUCAGCCAAUGUAUGGACAAGGGUAUCCAGGAGGAUAUUUGGCAGGUUAUCCAACAGCUUAUGGACCUCUCCAGUAUUAUCCACCACUAGCAGCCGCAGCUGCUUAUUAUCCGGCUGCUGCAAUGCAACCAGCACCUGUAAGGCCAACUAUGUUAGUUCCAAAUGGGUUUGAUGGUGCGCGAUUCGAUGGUAUUUCACAGCAAGUUCUGCCACCACCACCACCAGGAGUUACGGCAAAUGCAGCUCAAUUAGCAGCAAUGGGGCAUGGUGUUGCUCUAUCACAAAAGAAAGGCUCGUUUUUAGGCGGUGGAACAGAAGGUGGUUAUACUUUUUGGUAA